UAAAAAAACCAUCAGUACCAUUCAUUAGUUACAGCGUCUCACUUACAGGCCUCGUGUAUGCAUGUUCCCUUUUUGAGCGUGAGUCCAUUCACAGAGAGGCUCCGCGUCUGACACUGUCUACUCCAGUUGUAGUGUAGGCGUGCGUGCGUGCGUGUGUGUGGGUCACGCUGAAUGACAGGAGAGAGAGAGAGAGAGAGAGAGAGAGAGAGAGAGAGAGAGAAGACGAGAUCUCAGGGGCAACAGAUCUGGUUUGCUCGCCUGAAAGACCAAACACAACGGGAUGGAUUUCUGCACGACGUGAACAGGAGCGGGGGGACAGCUCCCUCAAACUGAAAAAGCAAGGAUGUCUGGGAUGGAUGUCCCGCUGGUGGACCACAAUGAGACUGGAAUCUCUCCAAUAGACAAUGGGACCUUCCUCCGCUUCUCUCCAACCUCUGCCUCCACGUCAGCGGCCGCCUCAUCGCCGGGACGUCAAGGCAACGUUUAUGUUUACGUGUGGCUCUUCCUCGGCCUGCUGGUGUUCCUGCUCACGCUGCUCAUCAUCUCCCUCCACAGGCUGAAGAACAUCAUCUCCUCCUCCUCCUCCGUCCCCGACUGCAGCAGCGAAGGAGGGAGCUCCUUCACCAACAUGGAGAUCUGCAGCAUCUCGUCUCAGAGGUCCACCAUCUCCUCACUGUCCACCUGAGGACGAGAGGGAGGGAGAUGGGAGGGAGUGCACACAGACAUAUAUGCCCGUGUGCAUUCACUCCAGCAUGCAGCUUACAUGCAAAAAACAGGCAUGCAUGCACACGCAUAAAGACAUACAGCUCUUGCUCCUCCUCACUGUGACAUACAAAAACAAACACACACCACCAGCUACAAAAGAGCUGACAGCGUGGCUUUACUCUCUCUGCAUGCAUAUUCUACUCCCAACGGUCCACUGAUUCAGGUGUGUCCAAGCAAUUUGCCCAGGCACAGGGGAAAUAUGACUCACAAUGUGAUGAAGAGGUCUUCAGGGGUGAGUGUGACUGAACCCUUCUGAGCCUUAUUUCAAUGAUUAAAAGAAAUGAACCAGGAAAAUUGCCUCCUCUCUGCAGGAAAAGGGAUAUGGAUGAACUAUUGUCUUUCCUCCUUUUUUGUAAAAGUUAUUUCUUGUACUGUACCUGUCAUAUUUACUGUAGAACAAACUUCAUUGUUUUCAAGUGAAGCUUUGUACAGCAUGCCUCAUAAUGUCUGUAGAGUACACUGCAAAAAUCAGUAAUGAAAUAAUAUUAAAGACCAUUGCUUUGUACAGAAAUGCAUGCUUCUGUCUCAGUUGCUCAGUAAAUCUUUGGGAUGCUGUAUCUCCACUUUUUUUUUCUUUUUUUUUUUUUUACCAAACAAAGGGUAAAAUACCUUGAAAAGUGUGUACAUGCCAAACUGGUUCAUGAUUCCCCCCGGUUGGGUGAAAAGGAGAAGACAGACGUGGUGGAGUGGAUGUGAAGGUGAGAAAGAAAUGGAGGUUGUAGACUGCUGACAUCCAUGCAGCCUCUGACUGCAGCUACAGACAGACCAGGUCAAAAGUGACAGAAAGUACAAGACGAAAUUCUGGUCCUGAAAGACGAGGUCUACCAGCGUAACGGAUUACCCUCUCCUGCCUGUCAGCUCAUGUGGCGUCGGAUCGCAGUCUCCAUAGUGACUGAAGCAUGAGAGGUCUGUGUAGCUGUCAGGCUUAAGCUACAGUAAUGGUUGUUUCUGACUAAAAUACAUCUUUCUUUUUUUUUUUUAAAUAAUGAGCUCUAGUUUGUUUGACGUGGAAACAAAAAUCCAGCACACUGGUUUAAUUCGUCCUUGCCACACCUUUUUUCACCAAAGUCAGUAACAAUCAAGAAACAAUGAAGGCUCCGAUGGCAGUGAUGGUGGCCACAAACAAGAGAAUGAGUCAGAUCUGUCAGUGCUCUUCUUCACAGAUCCUCAUUGUUCUCACAUUAAUCUGUUUGUCAGAUGACGGCGAUGCAUCAGCCAAACUCUUGUAUAUCUGCUGGAAGGGUUUUGUCACAAAAGCCUUUUUCUUCUUUAAAGGAACUGACACAUGGACUAACAAAUUAUAUUAAUUAAAAAACACUCUCUCUGGCUCAUGCUUUGAGAGCAGCAAGUGCAACACCUUUGUUUAUAAUAUGGAUUAUAAAUGAGAUCUUUCAUGGCUGUGUUUGUCUUGUAAAUUUAGGAGGAUUAAUGUAGUAUAUUCACUAGAUUGUAAAUACGCUCAAUUGAAUUUAAAAAAAAAAUCCUUUUAUCUUAUCAGUUACCCCAUCUAUAAUGACCCAAAAAAUAAAAGCACACAAUAAAAUGUUUGUUUCAUGAUGACAUCCCUUCAGCUAGACAUCAUGUUUGCGGUGCUAUCGCCAACAAUUCAGUUCAUUAUUUCAGCUGCGGGUGAAUCUGUGCAAACCAGUCGAAAGGUGAUCCAGAGCCUUUUUGUUGAAGGUAGUGUAAAAAAUGAAAGUUUGAAAUAAUCGCUAAAACAUUUGUUUUCAAGUUAACCAUGUAGUAAAAUCAUUGUUUUAGUCUGUCGAUGUUUAAUAAAAUACUGAAGAUUAAAGGCCCCAUAUUGUAUAAAGUGACAUUUCCAUGUGUUUUUUUUUUUUAUUAUAAAGCAGGUCUAGGUUCUAUAUUAAUACUGUGAAAGUACCAAAGUGCUCAGUCCACAAAGAAAUGCACACAGCCUGUAUUCAGAAACUGAGCCUUAAAACGAGACGUCAGGACCACUGUAACUUUGUGAUGUCACAACAAAGCAGUCAUUGCUCUCAGCCAUGCCCCAAGCCCCGCCCACCCGGACCCACCAUCCAACCUUGCAGGAUUUGUUUUCUCUGAGUGUUUACCUGAAUGCUGCUAUAUUUGUUUUUAGAUGACUCUAAAAACAGUCAGCCAAUCAGAAGAGAGACUCUGACUGGCCUGUUGUUACUAGAGCUCCAGAGAGAAGCCUGAGAGAGGAGAUGUAAAACUACAUUGAGAUGGUUUUUGGUUCUUAAAAUCACAAAUAUAUCUUCUUAUGGAUAUUAGAACAAAUAAAACACUGAAAUUUGAUUUACUGUGCUGUAUACCUUGUGACUGUAAAUCUAUCUUUGCUUCACUGGCUAAUGAACACCAUUAAUUUCUUCCUCUCUGCCACACUGAACCUGCUGUGUUCUCUUUUUUUU